AGAAGGGGGGAAUUUUGAAAGGAAAGCAGUUUUUCAGUUAAAUCCUUUGAUCACAAAGGUGACCUUUAGCACCACCCAAAGGUUCAUAUGUUUGAGACAAAAGCUCUUGCUGACUCGUAAGGUUCCCCUUCACUCUGGUCCUUUCAUCCUACAAAAUUGCGAACUCUUCUCUCUCACAACCUCAAACUCAAUCUCAACAACCUCAUUUUCAACAUUAACACACGUUCCUUGCCAUGUCUUCCUUCUCUGUUCGCUUUCUAACCCCUCCAUGCUGCCCCAACUCUCGCCCCAAGACAUGUCUCUCUGCCACACCAACAGUGGCUCCCAUUUCCUCAGAGGUAGAGGCAUCAAGGUUGGAUCCUAGAGUGGAGCAAAGAGAUGGGUACUGGGUUUUGAAGGAAGAUUAUAGGGGUGGCAUCAACCCUCAAGAAAAAGUGAAGCUUGAGAAAGACCCCAUGAAGCUUUUUAUGGAAGGUGGCAUUGAUGAAUUGGCAAAGAUGUCUCUUGAGGAAAUUGAGAGCUCUAAGCUCACUAAGGAUGAUAUUGAUGUCAGGCUCAAGUGGCUUGGCCUUUUUCAUAGGAGAAAGCAUCACUAUGGUAGAUUUAUGAUGAGGCUGAAACUUCCAAAUGGGGUGACAACAAGUGCCCAAACACGAUACUUGGCGAGUGUGAUUAGAAAGUAUGGGAAAGAUGGGUGUGCUGAUGUGACAACGAGGCAGAAUUGGCAAAUUCGAGGUGUGGUGUUAUCUGAUGUCCCAGAAAUUCUUAAGGGCCUCGCAGAGGUUGGAUUGACGAGUCUACAGAGUGGCAUGGACAAUGUGAGAAACCCUGUGGGUAACCCUCUUGCUGGUAUUGACCCAUAUGAGAUUGUUGAUACCCGAUCUUAUAACAACUUGUUAUCUCAAUUCAUCACUGCCAAUUCACUUGGCAACCCUACCAUAUCAAACUUACCAAGGAAGUGGAAUGUGUGCGUGGUGGGAUCCCAUGAUCUCUAUGAGCAUCCUCACAUAAAUGACCUGGCUUACAUGCCUGCUAAUAAGGAUGGUCGUUUUGGAUUUAACUUACUGGUUGGUGGUUUCUUUAGUGCCAAGCGAUGUGCAGAAGCAAUUCCACUUGAUGCAUGGGUCUCUGCAGAUGAUGUAAUCCCAGUGUGUAAAGCUGUCCUUGAGACCUAUAGGGACCUUGGCACCAGAGGGAACAGACAGAAAACAAGAAUGAUGUGGUUGAUUGAUGAACUGGGGAUGGAAGUAUUCAGGUCAGAAGUGGAAAAAAGAAUGGCAGGGAAGCAGCUAGAGAGAGCAUCUGAGGAAGAUCUGGUUCAGAAACAAUGGGAAAGAAGAGACUACUUAGGUGUUCAUCCACAGAAACAAGAGGGCUUAAGCUAUGUUGGGAUUCACAUUCCAGUUGGUAGAGUGCAAGCAGAUGAGAUGGAUGAACUAGCCCGUUUGGCAGAUAAAUAUGGCACUGGUGAACUACGGCUCACAGUGGAGCAAAACAUAAUAAUUCCUAAUGUGGACAACUCAAAAGUUGAGGCCUUACUCAAAGAACCUCUCUUGAAAGAGAGGUUAUCACCUGAACCUUCCCUCCUCAUGAAAACACUUGUGGCAUGCACUGGUAACCAAUUUUGUGGGCAAGCCAUAAUUGAGACAAAGGCAAGGGCCUUGAAAGUGACUGAAGAAGUGGAGAGGCAAGUGGCAGUGACUAGGCCUGUGAGAAUGCAUUGGACUGGCUGUCCUAACACUUGUGGCCAAGUGCAGGUUGCUGAUAUUGGUUUCAUGGGGUGCAUGACUAGGGAUGAGAAUGGUAAGGCCACUGAAGGUGUUGAUAUUUUCUUAGGAGGGAGAAUUGGAAGUGAUUCACAUUUAGGAGAGGUUUAUAAGAAGGGUGUCCCUUGCAAAAACUUGGUGCCCAUUGUAGUAGACAUACUAGUAAAAAAAUUUGGUGCUGUCCAAAGGAAUAGAGAAGAAGGGGAAGAUUAAAUUUUAUAGGCCAUUGGUUGGUAAUUUUAGUUUCUUAAUUAAAUCUACUAUUGCCAUUGCCUCUAGACAAAAAUAUCACUGCCCUCUCUCCAUUAGCAAGGGAUGAUUAAGGGAGAUGCUGCAAGAGGAUAUUCCGUGUACUGUAUGUAUGACAGGCAUCUGCACCUUUGGAUAUGACAUGUUUAUUCUUUGCUAUUUGCCAAGUUACGCAUUUUUUUGACCUCAAAGAUGUAUGCUGUAUUUGUUUUUCUCUUAUCUGUGACAAUGGUAAAACAAUAAAUUACCUCUUUUGAACUGGUCCUUUCAUAAAACAUUACUUUUUAGU